AUCCAAUUUUAAUUCCCCUUUUUCAGAAAAAUACAGUAGCGUCGCCCAUCUCGCAUUUUCAAAAAAAAUACAGCCCAUUUUCAGAAAAAUACCCUUCCCUUCUCUCCCGUCUUCGAUCACGAAACAUCAAGUUUAGUAAAUAAGUGAACAAGGCGUUAGCAACAGUCGGCACUCGGCAGGCGCAACGGCAAGCCGGAAAUCCCUGACCGGCGGCAAAUCAAGUACGCUGUAUGUUUAUGAGUUUCUCUUCUUAGGGUACAAAAAAAUUAAUACUAUGCCAAGAUACAAGGAUGAGCCUACUGCUGUUCGUGUAUAUACAGUUUGUGAUGAAUCAAAGUUGUAUCUUUUUCUCUUUUUAUCACUCAUUGGUAAUUAUUUGUAUAAAACAUUUUUUUUUCCAUAUGUUGUUUCAUAAUAGUUACUUUUAUUGGUUACCUAUUUGUUCAAGGUACUUAAUUGUGCGAAAUGUACCAGCAUUGGGUUGUGGUGAUCAGUUAAAACAACUGUUUUCAACUUACGGAGGAGUUGAAGAAUGUAAACCUAUGGACGCAGAAGAAUGUGAACAGUUUACGGAUGUCUAUUGGAUCAAAUUUUACCUCAUCAGUAAUGCACGGUUCGCAAAAAGAAAACUAGAUGAAUCAGUUUUCCUUGGGAAUCGACUGCAGGUAUCAUAUGCUACCGAGUAUGAGAGUCUGUCUGACACAAAGGAGAAGUUGGAAGGCAGGAGAAAGGAAGUCCUCGCGCGAUUGAAACCUGGGAGAUCCGGAGGCCACAAAAUGCAUAAUCAUGCCUUCACAGAUGGACUUUCGUUGCAAGUUUCUCAGCAAUCGGACAUGAACCAAGGAUGGUACGCCAAAGAAAUGGAUCGAUUUUCCGAAACAAAACAGCAGCCGAUCACCAGGGUUUCAUCUGAUCAGGAUUACUUCCCAUCCCAUUCAAUGAAUGAAACGGUUAGAAGGGUGAGGGAUAAACUCGACAAGAUAGAAUCAAGUUCGUCAAGCCUACAAACUGGUUCAGCUACGAAGAAAAUGCGAGUAGAUAAUAGAAGAAGGAUAUGACUGCCCUCCUUCAAUGAUCUUGCAACAAUUUUCGAUUUAUUUUUUAGCCGAUUCUAGAGGGAGGGAAGCGGCUGGGGUAUGCCAUAGAAAGGCCAUGUUUUAUCGAGUGGUGAAUGUUUGGCUUUGCAAAUCCUGAUACUCCCAUGCAAUGCAGGUUAUAAUGUACUUCGUACAAUAGAAAUUGCUACAUUUAUUUUGUUAUUGUUGAGUAAUGUUUGGAUUAAACGCAGCGAUUUCUGUGGAACAAUAGAGUUUGCACUUUUUAGAAAAUAUAAUUAAGUGAAAAUUUCUCAAAUUCAUCUUUUAGCAUAUGUUUUUAAAUUAUCAAUCUUUUAAUAAUUUCUUAUACCUAAAUCAUAUUAAAGAAUUUAAUGAAUAAAAAAGUGUAUUGACAUAAGACACAAGAUAGAUAUUGAAAGUAUUCAGAAUUAAAAGAACUAUUUCUAUUAAUAGUAAGAGCUUUAGAAGUAGGGCCUUUUUGAC